CCUUAGUUAACCGCUGUAUUCUUUAGCUAUCGCUUGUUAUUCAAGGUCGUUGAGCGGUUUGGCGUUGGUUCUCCCAACUAGGUUAGGAAGACCUGUCUGUUGCUUGACGGCAGAAACGAGGCAACCUGGAGGGGUCCACUCCAACUCCUCGCUCUCGGGCUGCAGCUUGGGCAGGAACCACACGAUUCGGGUUAUCUCAUUAUGCAAGCAACAACCAAAAGGUCACGCUAACCGCAGCUGCCUCUUCCCAAGGCGUAAACCCAUCCCGCUGUCCAAGCCAAUGAAGCCAUUCUCGUUAUGGACCCUCUUAGUAUCACGGCGAGUCUCAUCGCCAUCUCGCAGCUGACAGUAGUGAUUGUCGACUACCUCGGCAAGGUGAGAGACGCGCCAAAAGAGCGCUCCCGCAUCGCCAUAGAGGUCUCAAACAUCUAUCACCUUCUGACGACUUUGAGAUAUCGUUUCGAGGAUGGAGAGUUUGACGAGCCCUGGUAUCAAGCGAUUACUGUGCUCGCUGCGCAGGAUGGGCCACUCGAUCAGUACCAACAAACACUGGAACGCAUCAAAAAGAAGGCGCAGAAGAUAGAUGGAAUGAAGGGCGUGGUCACGUCCCUCCGCUGGCCGUUUGGCAAGGAGGAGGUGGCGGAACUUUUGGAUAGUGUCGAGCGGUUGAAGACAUUGGUGUUGGUUGCGCUUGAGAUGGAUCAUUUGUAG